AUACAAACUAGCGUUAUUUCACAAAUAAAUAAAUAAAAAAAAGCAUGGUUUAAAAAAAAAAUCCCAAGGAUUUCGUGUGCAUUUAUAAUAAACCGUACACCUCGAAGCACCGGAAUGAUGCAGCUUUCAGGAAACGAACAAAGAACCCACCUUUCACGCGGCAAGGCAAAUGCAAAUGUUGCCACCAAUUUUUUGUCCGUUUGUCCACGUCACCAUCGAAUCCCGUGUGCUCUCACCCAUAGAACUACGGCCGCCUUCUCCCUUCUCCGUUCCGCGUUCUUCCCCUUUCGCUUAUAAUACAUUUGACCUCAGAAAUCGGAGCACGACUCGUUGGAAUCUCCGAAACAAAAAUCGAUGUGUAGGUCCACGGAUUACCAGCGCUUCCCCGGUCGUCUCAAGAUCAAAGCCUUCUUCGUCCGAUUUUCGCGUCCGGAAUCCCUAAAGCCACCGCCGGAAUCGCUCACUCUCCUCUACCUCCCUCGCAUUGACGAGAUCGACGGCGCAAAGAUCCGGCCGGACUCGGCGGCGUUGGUGGCGCUGCAGCGAGUGGUGUGGAGGAAGGACGCGGUGAUCUUCGGGAGCAGAGAGCGAGUUCGAGCGAGCGAGGGGGCGCGGUUCGAAGUUUAUUUGAGGGAGGAGAAGGUGGUGGAGGGGACUUUCAGGAGGAGCGAGGAGGGAGAGUGGAGAUUGGAGUGUAAGGGCGCGCUUGGAGGAGAGUUCGCCGGAGCGGCGGCGGCGGAGAUUUGCGUGGAUGUGGAGGAACAGGGGGCGAUGUUUGAGAAGGUAGUUCUGGGAGUGAGAAGAAUGAAGAAGAGGGGGUUCUCUGGAUUGGAGGAGAUUCCGGAGGAACGAGAAGGAGAAGUAGAAGAAGCCGAUUCCGACGGCUGCGGAGAUUCGUCGGAAGAAGACGAUGACGGUUGCGGUGGCGAUGGAAGAGAAAACGAAGUGGAGAUGGAGGUGGAGGGGGUGAGAUGGGCCGUGAAUUUGGGGAUUUGGGCCGUGUGUUUGGGAGUUGGGCUCUUGGUCUCCAAGGCGGCCCACUCCAAAAAAUUGAGACCAAAACGAAUAAUCUGAACUGAGCUGAACUAAACUAAACUUUGAGGAGUUUUUCAAUUUUGCUCUUUUAUUUUUUAUUUUUAUUUUUUAAUUUAGGAAAUGUAUAAUUACGAGUUGUUUGAGAACGUUUAGACUUUAGAUGAUGAAAUGAAAAUGUUGUUGUAUA